AUGAAACCUUGAAUAAGUGUGAUGAGAUGCACCUUUGUUGUGUUUGGGCUUGUAAAGAAAAAUAAAGUCGGUAUUGGACCUACCAAAAUAAAAUGUAUCACAAAGAUCAUGCGCUAGCGAAAGCCGAUAAUAUGUCAACAGUGGUCUUUUAAGAACGAAAGUAGUGUUUUUUAUUUUUCGUGAUAGGAAAAUGACAACAGUUUUGACAAAAAGGAAUGCGGCUGGAUCUGGUCAGAUUACUACCGAAUGAUGAAACGGACGACGUUUUCUCCAAAUCAACAAAAAUUCUGCAAAUUCUUGCUACUCGAGUUGUGCCCGAAAUUUUUAUUUUAUUCAGUGAAAAGAACCUGGAAACCAAUGAAUAUGAAAUGUCUUAAGUACUAUACACUCCUUGUACCAGAAAAUACAAUUAUAAACUUUUUGAAAUAUAAAAGUAAUGCUCCAAUAUGUCAGUACCACACACGGAUAAUGCUUUUGAAUUAUGGCAAACAGUUUCAUACUUCAAGCAGCUUAUGUACAGUGCUUCAGUCUGCAUUCAGUCACAUGUACAGCACAGACAGCAGGAAAAGUUAUACAAACCAGGAGAAUAUUAGCAGAAAAGAUUUCCUGGAAGGAAUGUUUCAAGACAAAAAGCAGAAACUUGCAGAAAGUCGGCAGAUGAUUUUAAAAGACAUCAAAGAAAAAAAAGAUAAAAUGAAAGAAAAAAUGGAGGAAGUUAUUGAGAAGGAAAAUGUUCUCACAAUACCAAAUUUACUCUGCCUAUUCCGCAUUGCAGCUGCACCAUAUUUGGGAUAUCUUGUUCUACAAUCAGAAUUUCAUCUUGCUGUAGCUAUUUUUGCAUUUGCUGGAGUUACUGACCUGGUUGAUGGCUGGAUAGCUCGGACAUACCCAAGUCAGUCGUCAAAAUUUGGGAGUUUUCUUGAUCCCUUGGCAGACAAAGUCCUCAUAGCAUGUUUGUUUCUAACACUUACAUAUGCUGGAUACAUUCCAAUUGCCUUGACUGGCAUGAUUAUUGCAAGAGAUCUACUUCUGGUUGCUGCUGGUUUCUACAUCCGAUACCAGUCUCUGCCUCCACCUAAGACACUCAGCCGGUAUUUUGAUGCUACACAUGUAACAGCUCAACUAGCACCUACAUAUGUCAGCAAGAUCAACACAGCCAUUCAGCUGUUACUCGCAUGUUCAACCCUGGCUGCUCCUGUCUUCAACUAUGUGGAUCAUCCCUUUUUGCAUGGCUUAUGGUACCUAACUGCAGGCACAACAGCUGCUUCUGCAAUCAGUUACAUUAUUUCUCAAGAUACAUACAAAUAUUUUAGAACAAAAAAAUGAAAUUAAACUCUUAUAAAUACUGAAGAUGUUCAGUUUAACAUUAAUGCUAACGUUGAGCUACAAGAGAAGACUGGUAAUUGUAUCUCUAAACAUUUCAGAGGAUUUGUAAUGAAUCUUUGCUCUUGAGUAAGGGCUAUGUUUUUGUAUAAUAAAGCAAUAUCAAGGUACAAGCAAAUUCCUCUAUGUAUUCUGAAGAACUUUAACUGUGGAGAGAGCACAUAUUAUUGUGAGUUUUGUUGAUCUUUGUGCUAAGGAAUACUUGCUCAUAUCUAACUGAAGCACUGUGAUAUGAAUUUUUAAAGGUAGUUUGUGAAUCAAUCAGAUUUGUGGAAUAUGGCACUGUAGAUAUGAAGACAAUUUUUUUUUUGUUCUACUUAUUUUUAAGAAAGUUCUUUUGUACAGGAAACCAUCAUUAAAGUAUAAAACAAUGUGUCUAAACUA